AUGUCGUCCAUUGAAGACGAAUUUACUUCUUAUUGUGAGCAAGACGGUUCUUUCUGUAUGUUGGACCACUCCACAUCAAAACACGUCUUUCAAAUACUUUACAUCCCAGACGACAAAGAGUUUUACUUUCAAUAUGCGAAUGGAACUCCCAGUCAAUAUGACGUUAAAAUAAGUGGGAAGAAAUAUGAACAUGUAGUCAACCGCUCGAAGACGACUUGGUCUUUAAUACCUCCAAAGAGUUUAACAGACGCUUUAACACAACUUUCCCAAUUCCUCAAAGACGAAAAAGAACACCAAUUUGCUUUGGAAAACGACCCGGCACUCAAACGAAAAAAUUUAAGCGAUCGACUUGACGCCAAGAGAAAAAUAGCAUUGGAAACACAGAAACAAGUCUUUGCAUUUGAUACAGAAAUUGCUUAUCAAAAUUUGAAAGAAGACAUUAUACAAUCCUUCUUUAAUGAAGAGAAGUUUGGAUUUAUUAUUAAGGCAGUUGAUGAUAAUCCAUAUCACUGGGUCGUCUCUUACAAACACUUUGCUCCAAACUCGCCGAUCUUUUCUGACUUGGACAAAAUGAUGAGUCUUUCAGCAAGAGACUCUAUAGAACUCGACUUGGAAUUCUCAUCGACAAUGUUUCCUGUUAUCCCACCAAAGUAUAAUUUUCUCUCUCCAAAACUGCGCUUCGAUACUUUAAAAAUGAUUUUCAAGUCGGGAGCUUUUGAAAAGGACGUGUACAACCCUCUCACGAAAAUUGAGUUCCUCAUCAACAUCAAAAAUGUCAUCGAAAAGUUUGCCCGUAUCGACUUUGGGAAGAACAACAAAACAAUUUCGGACUACCGCGACGAAAAGAAUUUAUAUGAACAACAACUUGCAAAACCACUGUUGGGACAACUCAUUCAAUUGGGCAAAGACUUCAUUGAAAAGACGCCCGAGGCACAUGGACAGAACUAUACCAAUAUGGGGUUCAAAUUACAGAAGAGCAAUUCUAUCCAAUUCAACAACUUCUUACUUGAGAAUUCCAUGUCAUAUAUCAGAUUUAUAAAGUGUGUCGAGAAGUUUGGAAUGGAGUCGAUUGAGACAUCAGGCUUCUUUUGUUGGCAUGGGAGUAACGACAAUUGUAUCCAAUCAAUAUGUAAAAAUGGGUUUGAUCCACAUAAAAGAGCAGGACAAGCGUAUGGGCCCGGAGAGUAUUUUGCAAGAGAUCCUGGAACGUCAAUGGGCUAUUCGAAAGGAAAUAAUCACUUGAUAUUGACAUAUGUCUUACGACCAAAAAAUAAAGGUUUGUUGGUUGAUAGGGAUCGGAUUUAUGUUGUGAAUAACCCGAUUGACUGGUCGUAUUCAUAUUGUUUGCCAGUUCUUGUGAUCACUUUUGGGAAUGGGACGCCAGUCAAUUUCUUGGAUAAAGCUAUAAAUUAA